CCGGAAGUACACUUCAGAACUGGAAUUUUAAAAAGUUAUUUGUUUUGCUGCAAAUCAUCGAUCAGUGGUGCUGGCAUGGACUCUGGCCAAGACUAGAGAGACCCACUCUGUAAAAGAAUGGACACAAAGCUAAACUUAAGAAAGCAGUAAUUAUGGAAACUAUCAGGCAUCAUUUGAUAACAAUAUAAAUGUAGAUGUUAGGAAUUAACAACUAGUCUGUUAUUAUGGGGAGACGCUGGCGACUCAGCACUAUAAGACUCAGCAUCAUAUGUUUGACAAUAAUCUUCCUCUCAACAUUGUAUUUAUCAUUCUCAUCUCUCCCGGAACCUUGUAACUGUCCAAGUACAAGUUCCACACACCUUGAAGAUGACAACGCACCAAAGCAACGCACAAUCACAGAAACUGCUCAAAAUAAAUCCAUUGUUGUUGAUGAAACUGAGCACUGGGGGCCUCAUAAGCUGGGAAUUAUUGUGCCAUUUAGAGACAGAUUUGAAGAACUUACAGAAUUUGUGCCAUAUAUGCAUCAAUAUUUAAAUAGGCAAAAGAUAAGACAUAAAAUCUAUGUGAUGAACCAAGCUGAUCACUUUAGGUUUAACAGAGCAUCUUUAAUUAACAGUGGCUUCCUUAUCAGCCAGAAAGAAUCUGUUGACUAUAUAGCCAUGCAUGACGUAGAUCUGUUACCUAUUAACCAAGAACUACGUUAUGAAUACCCUGAGAAGGGACCCUACCACAUAGCUAGUCCAAAACUCCAUCCAAAGUAUCAUUAUGAUAAGUUUGUGGGAGGAAUACUAUUGCUCAACAAAUUUGAUUUUAUAAAAAUAAAUGGCCUAUCUAACCGCUACUGGGGUUGGGGCAUGGAGGAUGAUGAAUUCUAUGUGCGUAUGAUGGAAGCAGGACUUCAGAUCUCCAGGCCAGAGAACAUCACUACAGGGACUGAAAAUACAUUCAAGCACAUUCAUGACAAGAGGAAAAGACAGAGGGAUUAUAACAGAUAUUACAAUCAAAAACAGGAGAUGAAGCGUAGAGACAGACUAACAGGUGUUGAUACAGUGCAGUAUACAAUAGACAAUCAACAUGACAUCACAAUCAGUGGAGCCCCAGUGACUGUAUAUAACAUUCUCCUUGAAUGUGACUUACUGGCCACUCCCUGGUGUAUUCAUCCAGAUGUUCUAGCUGCUUCCAAGAGAAAAGAAAGGAUUGUUGAGAAAUAUGAUCGACCAAUCAAACAUUAGUGUUGGAGCGAAGAAUUAACCGCAGUAAAACCUGCAUAUCGAAACACCUCUCUAAUGCGAACACCUCAAUGCAAUGUGGUGUGUUUCUCUAAGAUAACCUUGAAAUGUGAACACAUACCAAUAUAUAUAAACACUUUUGGCUGGUUCCAGUGGCAUUCGGAUUAGAUGGGUUUUACCAUGUAUUUUGCACCAGGAUGAACACUGUGUUCCAACUCUCAUAUAACAUAGAUCUGAGAGAUAUACAUAUGAUCCUAAAGUUUACAUACUGAUGUGUAGAAGUGCUUUUGAAUGUAAAUCUCAUACAUUUGGUAUUUAGUACCAAUUAAAAGUUCAAUAAUGUGUCUUGAGUGCAAAUCCAAACAUUGUUAUUUAGUUCCAUUUAUUAGUGUUCAUUGUCACAGACUGUAUUACAUUUUUUUAUUUUAGACGUUUCGAAUGCAAGCUGCAUCCAUGAUCA